CAAAGCGAUCGAGCGCACCAGCCUGCACACGAGGUUUACAGAUACAAUUGAUCUCUCGUCGACCGAAUUAAAUCAAUGGAGAUCAUCACGGGCAGCGAGAUGCUGAGGCCGGCCUACGUCGACGGCUCUGCGGCGCCGCACCGGCUGUCCGGCGAGAAGGUGCCCCUGACCGUCUUCGACCGCGCGUCCCUCGACAUCUUCGUGCCCAGCAUGCUCGCCUACCCUGCGCCGGCUCCCUCCAACGACGCGCUCAAGGACGGCCUCCGCAGGGCAGUCGCGGCGUACCCUCACCUGGCGGGGCGCCUCGCCCUCGACGGCCGCGGCCGGCGCUACAUCCACGUCAACGACGAGGGCGCGCUCCUCAUCGAGGCCACCGUCGGGGUCGACCUGGCCGAGGUGCUCGUCGACGGCCGCAUGGUCGCCAGCACCGACCACCUCUACCCGGCGAUUCCCGAGGAGAACAUCGGGGUGGCGCUGCUGCAGAUCAAGCUGAACCGGUACAAGUGCGGGGGGCUGGUGAUCGGCAUAACCUCGCACCACCAGGCGGCCGACGGGCACUCCAUGAGCACCUUCUUCACCGUGUGGGCGAGGGCGGUGCGCGAGGGCAAAGGCUUCGUCGCCCCGGCCCCUUUCCUCGACCGCGCGGCGACCGCCGUCCCCCGCAGCACGCCCACGCCCGUGUUCGACCACCGGUCCGUCGAGUUCACGUGCGGCGGCAGCAAGUCCUACGCCGUCGUCCCCAUGGACAGGAUCAAGAACCUCACGGUGCACUUCACGGCCGAUUUCGUGGCCGACCUCAAGGCCCGCGUCAGCGCCCGCUGCAGCACGUUCCAGUGUCUCCUCGCGCACGUGUGGAAGAAGACCACGGCGGCCAGGGACUUAAACCCGGAGGAGUUCACGCAGGUGCGCGUGGCCGUGAACUGCAGGGGCAGGGCGAACCCGCCCGUGCCCAUGGACUUCUCCGGGAACAUGGUGCUGUGGGCGUUCCCGAGGCUUCGCGUCCGUGACCUCCUGAGCUGGAGCCUCGGCGCCGUGGUCGGCGCCAUCCGCGACGCCGUGGCGCGCAUCGACGACGAGUACAUCCAGUCGUUCGUGGACUACGGCGCCGUGGCGGACGCGGAUGGGGAGGAGCUCGUGGCCACGGCUGCCGAUGCCGGCACCAUGUUCUGCCCGGACCUGGAGGUGGACAGCUGGCUCGGGUUCAAGUUCCACCAGAUUGACCUCGGCACGGGCCCGCCGUCCGCGUUCCUGCCGCCCGACUUGCCCAUCGAAGGGCUCAUGAUCUUCGUGCCGUCGCGCAACGCCAAGGGCGGCGUCGACCUCUUCAUGGCCCUCGCGGAGGAGCACGUCCAGGCGUUCCAGCAGAUCUGUUACUCUUUGGAUUAUUGAUCAAGCUAGCAGCCGGGGCUUCGAUCGUUUGCAUGCAUGUGAUGCUUUUGCCGUAAGCAGCGUCACGUUUGUUACGUACGUAAAAGUAAGAGUCCGCACGGCUGGCUCUGAUUCCUUCAGUCAUAGGACUUGCAUAUGUAUAGUUGCACGUUAGGUAGGACUGUCACGUGAAUAAACACGUGGUCUGUAUGUAAAAUCUCUUGCACUGUGAGUAAAAAAUGGUCUAUGUAA